CUUCGUGGCAUUUCGAAAUUAAAACUGUCAAAAGGAAAAUCAGGCUACCUAUUUUUGCCCGGCCCAUACCCUCUUAUAUUCCAUAGAGCUCGCACGUAUCUCCGUUUCUCGAGUCUUGGUUAUGAGAUGAAAUCUGUAUUUGAUAAAGGAAACUUGAAUUGAAGCCAUUGAAUUUCAGUGAAGCUUCUGAAAAUCUGAUAUCGAUGUAAUUGGCAAUACACAUGAUGGGUGAAUCGAAUAAUAAUUUAACAAAAAGAGUACAGUCACUGGGAUGGCUUACAGAAUCAGCUGCUCUACCCAAAAAGCAAAAGGCCAUAGAAGGAGUAGGUGUAUCAUCAAUAGUGGAACUGAGGGCUCAGCUCUACAAUACGCAGGAGGAAGCAAAACGUGCGAAGGAAGGUGCCCCUGAUAAUGCUGAUUUACACCGUGCAAGGAAGAAGCCUGUGCAUAAUGAUGUUUUUUCCAAUAAAAAUUCUGGUGUUGAAGUUCGUUCUCAUAGAGAUAAACUUCAGUUAAAGGCUGUCAAUGAUGGAUCAGCUAGUUAUGCUGCUUUGGAGAAGAAAGCAGAACUCUAUUCAAAACUAGUGCAAGGUGAACUUCCAGAUGAAGAAGACAAGGAGAAAUACUGUGUGGAUUUUCUCAGCAAGGGUGUUUCAGAGGACACGGAACGGUUGGAAGUGGAAAACAAAAAUGAAGCCACUGAGAGUGGCAAUAGAACCGAUGAUGCCAUAUCAUUUUCAUUUUCAGAUGGACAACGUGCAGGCAUUGGUUGGACCGGAUAUUCAGGAGUUGGUGAAGAGCAUAAGAGAUUAGUAAGGGAAGUAAAUGAAGAGACUACUGAAGCCAGGGAAAAAGCUUCUAUCUUAAAGCAACGGCGACAAAUUCAAGCUGAAAAAAAUCGUGAGAAAUUGCGGCAGGCAUUCCUUAGGAAGCAGAUUGAAAAAUUAAAAGCUGCCAAAACAGAAGAAAAUACUCAAUUACAAGAUUCUUAGUGCAAUCAUACUAUCAUAGGUGGUGAAAACAACUGCGGAGUUUCUGAAACCCAAAGUAUUUCGAUGGAAUUCAUCACUGAGCUUAUACUAUGAAUAUCUAUAUAUAUGCACUAUCUCUCUAAUCGAGAUGACCAAGCAAGAUGGAAACAAAGAUUAUCAAUGGGUCUGUUUGAGAGAGAGAAUGUUGUACUUGAUCAUUGUAAUACGCUACUUGAAUGUUUUUAUUUUCUUCUAUUUUCUAAACCCAGAAAGUUUUCGGUUGAUUAUUCUGAAUUUUAACUAAACCCAGUUUGCUCA